AUGGCCACGACAAGUAGCAUAAUCGAGUAUUUCAGAUUAGGUCACGGUUUAGUGUUUGAUCAAGACGGUGUGCGUCUUGCGCAUAAGUGUGUAGUUCAAGCGAAUUGGUCCAUCGAAAAAUCACCAAAGACGAGACCCUCCGUACAGCUUAUAAACAUUCACACAAUACAAGAUACUUAUAUAUAUGCAAACAACCUUGCACUUGAUAAAGAGAGCCCUCUCUUUCGUCCCCCGAAACCAUUUUCUCGUUUUAAAGAAAACAAUCCUUUGUAUGAUGAGACGCCUGAUAAGGCGGUUAUCUUCCGAAUAGACAAAGAAUUAUGGAAUAUCAAUCUUAUACAAAAAGAUAUCAAACCGACCGAUGAAUUCGUUGAAGCAAUUAAGAAGGCGAUUGAGCAUAAUACGCCGCAUAGAGCAUUGGAUGAUAUAUUUUCUGAGUACGGAUAUUGGAUGAAUUGCAAAGUUAAAGUGGGCAGCAGGUUACAACGCUUUACUCAAUUCGAACUCGGAAACGGAGACGAUCACAAGGAUGUUGAAUUACGUCAAACAGAAUGGAUCGGUAGUGAGGGCUUGGAUUCCGAAAAUGGUCUAUACAAUGAAUGGUCAAAGAGAAUACAUCCCUUUAAGAGCAGCUACUUACUUUCCGCUGACAAUUCCUUAAACAAUUCCUUAAUAAAAAUCGAGAAAAUAGGUGAAUGGUUAGAAUACAGUUCGAGAACAUCUAGCCAAUGGAGUGUAAUUGAAAGGGCCGACUUUAUUCCAACUUAUAAAUUGCUAGAUGAAUCUUUAAUUAACAAGAUCGAAAAGUUAUUCGGUGAUGAAACGGAAACACUCAUGACUGGAAAAACACCGAUAAAUCGUCAGUAUGCUGAUCUUUGUCAAGUCAAGUUCUCUCAACCGCUAUUGAAUGAUGUAUAUAAAGUUGAUGGGGAAGUCUACAGCAAUGGGAAAAGAUGCGAUGUAGCUGUAACACUAUAUUCUGCCAGCAUUUAUGGAUUUUCUCUCGAAAUUGGCUGGAGUAAACCUCCCAAAGAAGUAAAAGGUAUUUAUGUCAAAUGGAAGUUGUCGGGAAAUAGUGCUAGGAUUGGCCCUUUGAAGGUUGAGACUUGUGAAGACAAACCGCAGGACAGAGAACCGUAUAUUGAAUUAGAUGUACCUCCUGCAACAACAUUGCAAUUAGACGAAAAAGAAGAAGAAGAGAGAGAAGUCCAUACCGGAUCAGGCCUACCUCAUCAUAGUCAAUCAAGUAAAAAUCUUGUAUCAUUGCGACCAUUACCAAUGAGUUCUUCUGAGGUGAAAAGUUAUCCGGCUUCGAGGGAUCGACAAACGAAACCGUUAUCACAAACGAAACCGUUAUCACAAACGAAAUCAUCAGCCCGACGAAAAGAAGAAGAGAAUAAAGAGAAUACACUUAACAGGAAGGGCGUCAGCGAAUUCGGUUAUGAAAAUCUCCUUACUUAUG